AUGACUCGUUAUUUGACCCCCUCCAAGAUCACUCUUCUGGCCCUUGUGUCCGUCUAUGCUGAAGGCGUAGUUCCCAAUUCUGCCAUCGUUCCUGUCCUCUCAUUUCUUGUCUCCCAUCUACUACCUCUUCAACCCUCCACUCAACGCCUCACAUCUACCAACACAACAACCGAAGCAAACAGCCAUGCUAUCUCCAUCCAAGACUUUGAGGUUGCUACAUUACCCCUAGCUUCCUCUAUCCCGGGUAGAACCGUCUGGGACCUGCUGCUGAAAAAGCUAUGGAAGCUCGACUGCGCUGAUGCCCUCGAUGAGUUCUUUGCAGGCAUAUCAAGCAUGCUCACGAAGACGCGCGAGGAGCUGAUCAAUGACCGGAACAAUGGUAUUGCGCCGGAGACGGGGCACAUGCUUAUCUCCCGCGCAUCACUGCUUGGUGUAUUUGUCCGAAGGGCGUAUCUUGAGUACACUCGCCUUCAGUUCCACGAUGCGGUGGCGCUAUGGAGAGGGCUAGUCAAGUAUCGGUUGCCAACGUAUCAGCUGUGGGCGAAGAGAAAUCCUUUAGAUAGCCAGGCCGCGGUGGAUGUCAAUCUAGUUAAGCUUGGCCUAGAUCUAACGAGUCCCCUUGCUAAGGUGGUAUAUGGCUCGCUAGAAGAAGGGAAAGAUACGGAAUUGGGAAUGAGCACGAGGGAUAUUGAGCGGUUGUUGGAUUUUCAGGUUGGAGAGAUGCAGGGCAACGGAUGCAGGAUUACGGGCGAAAUGAGAUCGCGCCUGGAACAGAUGGUGAUGUCUGGAGUGUCUGUACCAAGCUCGCAGCAUUAUAUAAAAUUCCUCGAUUCCUGGAAAGCAGGAGAUUAUUCCUCUUCCUUUGAUCAUUUACAUCGCUAUUUUGACUACACUAUGCAAAGCCGUGACAAAACCUUCUACCAAUAUGCCCUGCUCAAUCUUGCCAUUCUCCAAGCCGAUUUUGGCUGCCAUGCAGAGGCAGUCUCAGCCAUGCAGGAGGCCAUUUCGAUUGCCAGGGAAACUCAUGACAUGAGCUGUCUCAAUUUCUGCAUGAGCUGGCUUUACCACUUUGGAAAAGCCUUUCCUGAUGAAAUGAAGGAUAUCCAGAGUACUGGCAUGCUGGGUAGUGAGAAGGAAGGGUUGGCGUUUCUCCAGGCUAAGGCUAGAGAGACGGAAAUGUGGGGUCUGCUGGGUACAUCACUGCUUAGUGAGGCAAAGUUGGAGCUGCAGAAUGGCGAGAGUGUGGCGUCGGCAUUUGAACAUAUCGUCAAAGCCUCUUUUCUCAAUGUAACGAAGGAUAUAUCUAAUUCAGUCGGACCUCUGCUUAUGCUGCAAGCGUCGGCAUAUGUUAGGAUAGGGGUUACACAUCUGGCAUGGUCUAAUUGCGAGAUCUUUCGAGAAUGCUACACAAAGCAAGCUCCAUUUGAAGACCACCUACGGGUAAUAUGUCGGAGUAGCAUGCUGUUGGCUGCUAAAGGGAGCUAUGACCAGUCGAUGGCCCGAUUAAAUGAGAUAUCUUCCGAUUCGCUACGAGUUCUUAAGAACCAACAAAAUUGGACAUUCUUUUGCGGGCUUCUGAAGUUGCAAAGACAACUACAUAGGGAUGAUAAGCUGGCAGCAGAGCACCUCAUACCCCAACUACGUGCUUGUUCUCCACCAGACGCAGAAUUAGUCUUGACACUCUCACUUUUAGAGGUUGACUUCCUCAUGCGAAAAGGCGAUUACACAGCUGCGCUCGAAAUAAUCGAGCGAAAUGCCCAGUCCAUGCGACAGGAGAACUUCGACGUUGCCACCCAGGUGAAAAUACUAGUGGCAAAAGCAAGGAUCUUUGACCAGACCAACCAACCGGAAAGAGGCUUCUCGUUAGCAAUGAGAGCAGCCAAUGUCGCCCACCGAUCACGGUAUCUUCCUGGUCUAUGGGAGGCUAUCGGGGUGCUCUCUGUGAUACUCAUGACCUUCAAAGAAUUCGGAGCCGCUCUCGAGAUUCUAGAGAGCAUCGUGCCUCAAGUUCAUGAGUGUGAAGAUGCAUAUCUUACGGCACGCACAUAUUCUCUAUUAGCUGACGCCGACAUGGGACUGGCUGGCCAAGUGCAAAUGCAGAGCCAGGGGAGGGACAAAGUACGACAGAAGGAACAUAUGGCGCGCGCAGUGGAAUUUAUCGACUGUGCGUUUGAGGAGUUUUCAAACGUGGAGGAUGUGCAAGGCCAGUGCGAGAUGAUGGCGAAGAAGGCGACGGUGAUGUAUCUGUCAGGGGAUUUUGUGCUGGCGAAUGAUUAUGCGGCCAAGUAUCUAGAUUUGAAGAAGCAAGCUGCCGCAGAGAGAUAA